AUGCUCCGAGUAGCUGCGCCCUGCUCGGCGCGCCGGCCCAGCUGCCCGCGGCAAGCAGCCUCGGUGGGCGUAGUCAGAGUCUUGCGUGGCACCGCUUGCGCUCGUACUUGCGGGCCGCCGUGGACGAAGGCCGCCCAGGAGAGGGGACAACAACGGGUCGAACGCCCCGACAUCCACGGGACAACCGUGAGACAACCACGGGGCACAGUUGCCAUGCUGGUCAGCAUGUGCGAGAGGGAGAACCGGCUCGCCGACGCCGUCCGCGCCUUCGAGGCCUCCGUGCGCUGCGGACUGCUGCCCGAUGCCGCCCUGCGUGCGAAAGUGGCGGACGCUUACGAAAGGCUGGGGCGUCGGGAGGCGGCGCUGGAGGUCCUCAGCGGCAAGGCGGCGCCUCCUCCGACCUCGUUGCCGUGGAUGGCGCGGCCGGUGGGGGUCGGGUUCGCCGAGAAGAAGCAGGCGUUGAGGGCGGCUGGGAGGUGA